AUAAUUAAAAUCGUGUAAUCGUGAUGAUAAAAUUUAUUUUUGCUGCAUCCAUCCAACAAAGCAGCUUUCCAUCCGCGUGUUAUAUUUUGUGGAAAAUUUUCUUGAACACUCGUGGAAAUGGCUGCAUCUAACACAACUUCUCAGAAUAGGCAAAUAAAAUUCUACAACCCCUCAAGUUCUGCGAGUUCUGAUAGUGACGAUCGAGGUGAUUUGGUUGAACAGCUAACUGUUGAUCCCAAUUGUGGAAAUAUUGAAUUUUAUGGAUGCCCAGCUUCGCCAACAACUGUACCAGCAAAAAAUCCACAAUGUUUGGAUUCACCAGCACGCACAGGUCCGCCGCGAAGAAGGCAACGGACGACAUCGAUGAAUAAUCAAGUGACAACCGCAAAUCCCUCUGAGUGUGUAAUUCGUUCAAAUAACCGUACUAUUUAUACAGCAGGCCGCCCUCCUUGGUACAAUUGUGCAGGGCAGCAAGUAGAACCGUUUGUAAUUGGUAUUUGUGGUGGAAGCGCAUCCGGGAAAACAACUGUAGCUCAAAAAAUUAUAGAAUCCCUUGACGUGCCUUGGGUUACUUUGCUUUCAAUGGAUUGUUUUUACAAGGUUCUUAACGAAAAACAACGUCUACAAGCCCUAGGAAAUGAAUACAAUUUUGAUCAUCCGGAUGCGUUUGAUAUGGAUCUCUUGUUGGAAGUAAUGAAAAAAUUGAAGGAAGGUCGUAAAGUUGAAGUACCCGUUUACAAUUUUGUCACACACUCUCGGGAAGCAAAUACCAAAACAAUGUAUGGAGCCAAUGUGAUUAUAUUUGAGGGUAUUCUGGUUUUCCACAGUUUGGAAAUAUUAAAAUUAAUGGAUAUGAAAAUCUUCGUCGAUACGGAUCCCGAUAUACGUCUUGCACGACGUUUAAAGAGAGAUAUUUCUCAGCGAGGACGUGAUCUGAAAGGAGUGCUAAAACAGUAUCUGAAUAUGGUGAAACCUUCUUAUGCUAAUUACAUAGCGCCAACUAUGGCGCAUGCUGAUAUUAUAGUGCCACGAGGUGGUGAAAAUAAGGUCGCCAUUCACCUUAUUGUUCAACACGUGCACACACAACUGCAAUUGCGAGGUUUCAAACUACGUGAAGCUCUGGCCAACUCCUAUAAUGAUCAACCAAUGCCAAAUUCAUUACACUUGCUCCCAGCUACUCCACAAAUUAAAGGUCUACAUACAUUUAUACGAUGCAAAAACACAUCCAGAGACGAGUUUAUAUUCUAUUCUAAAAGACUCAUACGUCUGGUCAUCGAAUACGCAUUGAGUUUAUUUCCUUUCAAGGACGCAGUCGUAGAGACACCACAGGGUGUUUUGUAUGAAGGGAAACGAAUGGACUCUUACAAAAUAUGCGGAGUUUCGAUAUUAAGAGCAGGUGAAACUAUGGAGCAAGCUAUUUGCGAUGUUUGCAAAGAUAUUCGUAUAGGCAAAAUUCUAAUACAGACCAACAAAGAGACCGAGGAGCCCGAGUUGUACUACCUUCGUUUGCCAAAAGAUAUAAGAGAAUACAAAGUAAUACUGAUGGAUGCUACGGUAGCCACGGGGGCUGCUGCUAUGAUGGCGAUACGGGUUCUGCUAGAUCACGAUGUAAAAGAAGAAAAUAUUAUGCUGGCUUCACUGCUAAUGGCUGAAAUUGGAGUACACAGUAUAGCAUAUGCCUUUCCCAAGGUAAAAAUUGUUACUUCGGCGUUAGAUCCAGAAAUAAAUGACAAGUUUUAUGUGAUACCUGGCAUUGGUAAUUUUGGUGACCGCUACUUUGGCACAGAACCAUCUGAGGAUUUUUAUUAGUUAGCAAACUAAAUUAUUUUAAGUGAAAGUGAAUAUCAAUAUAUGUUCUCAUACACAUACGAACUGCUUGAUAAACCAAUGUGCGUAGAAUUAGGAUAUAAAGCCCUGAAUAAUAAAUAUAUUUAUAAACCGUCUGUUAAAAAGCAAACUA